AUGGACAAAAUCAAGACACCCAAAGAGGAACCCAAGGAGGAGACAGAAGAGGAGGAGAGACCUAUGACUGUUGAAGAGUAUCAGAGGAAAUGGGAUCAAAUUCUUCAAGAUACCGCAAAGCAGAUCGACCAGAUUCGAGAAAAUGAGUUAAGAAGGUCGAAUAAUAAUCAAAACGAGCAGCGUUGA